GAAGCUAUUUUCAGCAAGAAUGUUUUUGCACGGCAUAAGGAAUGACUUCGUUUUUGUUUGUUGUUAAGAUUCCAGUUCACGAGGAUGAACGAUCCUCAAAGUCGGUGUCUGAAGAAAAAACGAGCGAUGAUAGCAGCGAGAAGAAUGAGAACAAGGAGGAAGAUGAUAAAUCAAAUGAUAAACUAGAUGUGUCAGACGACACAUCUCAUGUGGAUCUCAGCAGUGCCAAAUCCGACUCGACCAAGACAGAAAAAGCAAAGGAAGAUGAGUUAACGGAAGACAAACCGAAAGAAGGACAAACACAAGAUGAUGAUAAUUGGGAUUUUGGUGAAGAAGACAAAAAUAAACAAUCUGUGGGGGCGGAUCCACAAGAAAAAGGGAAUGAGAAAGGGGAUGUCAGUGGCUCUGUGGCUCCAGCCGUAAAGGAUUUUUCUGGUGACACAACAGGGACAGAGGGUAAAACCACUGAGAAUGUGGGUGUGACACAAAAACAAGAAAAAGACAAUGAACAAAGUGAAAAUAAAGAUAGCACACCUGAGAAUAUUAACAAGGUGGAUUCUGUACAAUCAUGUGAAGGGAAUGAGAACUUAGACCAGAAUAAAACAAAUAUGGGUCAAAACACAACACAGAAGGUAUCGUUUGCAGAUGUAGUGAAAGCUACCAUCAGCCAUGAGAAUAACAGUGUCCAGCAGGACAAAGAAGAUUCAGAGCUGAUAUCUGUAGACCCUGAACAGCAGAAUGAGGCAACAGGACAGAAUAAAACAGAUGUUACAACCACAAAUGAAGUGAAACCUGUUGAUGGCAAAAUGGAAAAUAACAACAUUGAGAAAGGGAAAAAACUCCCAGAAGAAAUCUCAGUAGACCGACAGGAGAAGGGUAAUCUUGACAAGGUGGAAGAAGGGAAAGACGGAGAACGGGGUGCAGCACCACCUAAGAAGAUAUUCAAAGUUGAGAAAGCAGCAGAGGAGAGUCUCAAUCUUGAUGAAGCUUUAAGUAGACAAAAUCAAAUGGAGGACACCGUUAAACAUCUAGAGAAGUCGGAAUCAGUCCCACCCCUCAGACUUCAUGGAAAACUCCCCGUCCCAAUGUCCCUGUCUGAUGACAGAAUCUCGGAUGUGGAAAAUGUUAACUUUCAAACUGUCAGCUUUAUAGAUGAUGAACCAUUGAUAGAGACUGUGAAGACCAUUAUAGAAUCAUUUUCCAUUGAUAACUUUUCUAUACAGAAGACAGAAAAUGGCGAGUUCUAUCAGGUAAUUUUUCUGGAUGAAGGUGGAGAACGUUGUGAAACUAUUUUAAAUCAGCUGGCCAAGGAGAAGAUAGGGGACAGACCUGGUACAUCUAUAAGUAUUUUUCCAUCCAGUAUCUAUCGCGGUAAUGUUCCCAAUGACACAGACGAAGAAUCAGAGGAAGAAGGAGAGGAAACUGAGGACAGAGAUGAGGAGACACCAUUCAAGAAAUCAAUCAAAGCCAGAAUGCUGGUCACUCAGGUAUUCAACACUGUCAGGGACAAUGCCCAGUUCACCUUUGAUUACCUGGUAUUGUGUGUUACUGCAAGUUUAUUGGCCUGUCUGGGAUUGGUGGAAAACAGUUCUGUAAUCCUGGUCGCCAGUAUGCUUGUAUCACCACUCAUGGGUCCUAUCCUGGGAGGCACGUUUGGCACAGUGAUGCAGAACAAAGCACUGAGAGAACUUGGGAUAAAGAAUGAACUGAUAGGGCUUUUUAUAUGUCUCAUCAGUGGACUUUUGUUUGGAAUCAUUAGUGGGAUAGUCAACAUUGAUGGAACUAAAUGGGGAAGUUCUGACAGCUGGCCAACCAAUGAAAUGAAAUCCAGAGGUGUGUUAAGAAGCUUGUGGGUUGGUGUUUGUAUUGCUAUACCCUCUGGAGCGGGUGUGGCCUUAUCUGUCCUGGGAGGGAACGCUGGGUCACUGGUGGGCGUGGCUAUUUCUGCCUCACUCCUCCCCCCAGCUGUCAACGCAGGCAUGUUAUGGGCAUAUUCAAUUAUUUCUGCCAUCCGACCUCCAGACUUUGAUGUGACCUACAGAAAUGUGACAGUGAAUAAUACCUCCUUUCUGGAGGAAGUUUUCACCCCCACUGACACCCUGGGAUGUAAGCCAUUCCUCAACAACAAGUACUCCCCUGCCCACAGCUGUGAUAUGUCUGUAGAGGCUGCGUAUCUGGGGUUCAUUAGCCUCAUGCUCACCAAUCUCAACAUCCUGUGUAUCUUUAUCAUGGGAAUAGCCUUCCUCAAGAUAAAACAAGUAGCUCCCCAGCACACCACAACAGACUCCACGCGAGAUUUCUGGAGUCAAGACAUCCACGUGGUGAAGGAGUCAUAUUCUACAUCUAAAGGCCCACAGAGCAUGCAGCUGGCCGCUCAAGCUCGUAAACUCCUGGAGGAGUGGAGGAAGAAGACAGGAGACUCUGCGGAGAACACUCUGAGGCUUAAGGAUAUUAUAGAGGAAGUAGAAAACAGUCCAGAGUACAAUAAAUUCCUGCCAAGGAUUGGUGGAGGAAAUCAGGAGGGGACUUAUCCUGAUCUGUACUCCCGUUACUUAAAGAAAGACUUUGAAAAUGCUUUGCACCAAGUUCAGGAGGGUAUGGUUCCCGAGACAAGAGUAGUAGAGGAGAAAACCAGAGGUGGCUACAACGUCUAUAAAACGUACCACGGACUCCACCCAGUGAUGCGCCGAAGACAUCGCCCUCAGGUGACCUUUAACCUUGAAGGGGAAUCCCCAACAAAGCAGGACUCACGCCCCAUGUCAGACGGAAGUCCCCAGAAAAGUUCCUCAAACAAAAGGUUUUCUUUGAAUAUGAAACCUUCACCACUGACCCUGAACAGUAGUCUGUAUUCUAGGAGGAAAAGUAAGGAAAACAGCUCCGGCACCCCCCUCAGCCGAUUUAAAGUCAGUAAGGUGGAUAAAGAAAAGGAGAAUUCUCCGACGACAGACGUAAGGGAUCCACUACUGGAUUCAGAAGUAUAGAUAGCGUAGUAGCUAGUCGUGGAAUUUAUAUGGGAUUGUUAUUAGUUUAUUUUAUUUAUUAUCAUGUUAUUCAUAGUUAAGAAAAUAUAUAUGUAUUCCAUUCCUAUAGGAUAGAAUUGCAGCAGUAUAAAAGUUAGUGUAGUACAUUGUACACCUUUUGUAUUAUUUCCUGUAGUCAAGCUAUAUGUGUGUUCUUAUCUGAACAGAAGUCAUAAAAUAUUGGUAAAUAUAAGUGCAAUGAUUUGUAUGCUGUACCUGCCUGGUAAAUAGGACAUUUAUUUCAAUGAUGAUUCUGGAUAUGUGAACCAACAAACACCAGAAAGCCAAUUCUGAUGAUAAGCGCACACAUACAGCAGAUGGAAGUAGAGGCUCGUCCCUUUGUUAAUUAGUCUUUUUCUUAUGAUAUUUAUGUAGAUAUUGAAUUACCUAUAGACUUAUAGAAGCUCCCUCUGUAACCCGUGCUAUUAGUGUAUGUACUGUAGACCUGGAAUUGCUGUCACAUUAAUAGGCAUUGUUAAGUUUUAUUACACCAAAAGUUAUAUUUUUAAAUGAUUAAUGUAUUUUAUUAUUGAUAGAAUCUACAAGGUUCUUUUUACAUGUGUGUUAUUAAUAGUUUCACUGAAAGUGAUUGUAAUUUGAUUGAGUGUUGAUUUUAGGGAUUUCUGCUGUUGGAGUGUUAAUGAAAUCAAUUUUAAAUCUAAGUACGAUCUCGUAUAGUGAGAUGUCAGUUUAUGGCAUUUAGUUUGCCGUUUCCAAAGAUUUUUUUUACCCUUCAUUACAUGUAGCAAAUUAUAAUAAUUAUUAAUAAAUUUUGUUGAAUGAUAUUUUAUGCAUAGUCUCAGGCUAACAUUUUAAUUUGAGGCCAUUAUUUUUUUUUAUCUAAUCGCCCUUAUGAGUGGCAUUUUUUUUACUGGACUAGUUUUCAAAUUCUUAAUUCUCUUCCAUGCUUACAAUGAGAAUUGAAAGUGCCUUUACUUUAUCGAUUAAAGCUUACAAAAUAACGACAAUCAUUGAACAGACCCACAAAUCAGAAGAUAUGGCUGGCAUUCUGCUUAAAUUCAUGUCUUGGUACCCUUUGUAGUGUAGAUAGAGCUUUCUUUAUGUAUUUGGUAUGUGCAUUUAUAGUAAUUGUUUCUAGACACUGAAAUAGGCCAUUUAUACUUUUGUAAAAUUGGUACUUCGAUCUUUUGAACUCUUGUUGAACUCUUGAAUUUUUUAUUGAAAAAUUUUCCUCAGUAUUGUUUCUGAAUGUUAUUGUUUUUAACACCUUAUUGUGUAUGAUUUCCAGGUUUUUAAAAAAAAGUCCGUUACUUGAGUUUAUUUAAAACCCGGGCAUAAAGUUAAAUCAAAUUAAUAAAAUCACAGCUGAAGUGAUCUAAUAUUACCUAUAAAAGAAACAAAAGAUGAUAAUGCAAUGAUGAAUGAUCCUAUUUAAAUUAUAAAUAUCUCCACAGUAUUCUAAUUAUCAACGAUGAUAUUGUUCCUUGUAUUAAUUAUUACAGAUAUACCUGAACAUUCCGUAGGCGGGGGUACGUAACAAUGACUGUGGUCUCUACACCUAUAUACCUCAUUAUGUUGACAUCGUUCAGGGUUUGUCAAUGUAAAAUAUUUGUGAUAUUUUGAUGUUCAGCAGAUAUGCAUAGAUUUAUUUUCAACUGCUGAACAGAACACAACAAUCUUAUUUCAGUGUUUCUUUAUACAGUUUUAUUUGGUGUAAAUUUUUGUCAGUACUUGUUGUUUGAUAUCUGACAUAGUUAAAGAUGUAAUGUCGACUUUAAGUUUAAGUGAUAUAUGUUUUAUGUAGGAGAAAAUUAUGUACUGUCAUUACUUCAUUUGUAAAGGGUCAUGUUGUUACUUGAAUCAUUAUAAUAGGCACUUUGUAGCACCAAGGAUAGAGUUUAUGUCUGUUCUCUGUAGUUUUUGAAGUAGAUCCACUCCCAAGAAAAGAUAAAGCUUAUGUGGUAGGAUCAGAUCCCUGGAUGAGAUGAAAAUGCAGAGUGUGGACAUGUAAUAGCAUAUGUAUUUCACAGGAGGGGUCAAGGACAUGCUUGACUUGAUCUUUUUUUUUUUUAUUUUUUAUUUUUUUUUUCCCCAGGACAGUUUGAAAAAGAGUACUCAGAGAAGAAUAUGACAAUUUUACUUUGUAAAUGGGUAGACGUAUGACACAAAGGUAUCUUUCUGACUUUGUUUAAAAAACUUUUAAAAACAUCUCCAAGGUCAAUGAACAAUUCAAGGUUAAGGUUACUUGGCAACAAAUAUGAAAUUCUGAAGUUAAGACAUUGGAUACUGAGUACAGUUUAAUUUGAUAGAGAAACAAAAUAUGACUGCACAUAUGCACUGUGCUUCGUUUUUCUUAAUUUCAUAUUUGGGAGUGAAUGUUUAGAUUGCAUAAUGUAGUUCACACAUUGUUACAAACAGAUUACUCUGUUAUGUGUUGUACUGACCUACAGAUCGUCUUACUAAUUAGUUUGUGAUUUAAGCCAAAUUAUAAUUUAUUUAUUAAGAUAACUUGUUUUAUUAUUAUACAAAUUUUAAAAAGUAUUUGUUUUGAUUGCAUUAAAGUUUGCUAACAAUGAA